AUGAUAUCCAGGUUCUCGUUCCCGGACUUCGGUCAACUUCCUCUCUACGACGAACUCCUGGAGACCUUGAGCGAGCAUACAGUACUGGCUGUCGGUCUUUCUGCAGGGAUCUCCCUCAUCCUUACCGUGCGAUAUCUCAACAGUCCUUGGCGCAAACUCCCUCCAGGGCCACCAGGAAUGCCGAUCCUCGGCAAUGCACUGCAGUUAAUGGGUGAUCAGUGGCUUCAGUUCAGCGCUUGGAGGCAAGAGUACGGUAUGCACUCUGUUCUUCUGCUUGCUUUCAAUAAGAUGUUGAUGGUUAGAAUAGGUGAUAUCAUGUAUCUGAACGCGAUGGGACAGCCCAUGAUCGUCCUGAGCAAUCCUGCCAUCACGGCCGAGUUGCUCGAGCGCCGUGCCAGCAUAUAUUCGGAUCGCCCGACGUUGAUCGUCACGCACGAGAUUCUGUGCGGUGGGCUCAUGCUUCCUACGUGCCGUUAUGAUGAAACGUACGCAACUUUGUAA